AUGUCUGAUUCCAAUACUACAUUGCCGCCGGUCCACCCAGCCUCCCUCCCGGACUGGAGCAAUGUCAGCGUCAUCCACCGCAAUACCCUCGCCCCUAGGAGCAACUUCUACUUGUACGACACUGAAGCUGAUGCUCUCCGCCAAGAUGUGAACAAGGCCAAGGCAAAAUGCCUCUCGGGCAAAUGGAAAUUCCACUGGUCCAGGUCGCCAUUCGAGGGGCCCCGGGACUUCUACAAACCCGACUUCGCACCCGGCGAUUUCGGAGACAUUGUUGUUCCAGGCAUGUGGCAGUUGCAAGGCCAUGGCAAAGGGCCCCAUUAUACGAAUUACCUCUUCCCUUGGCCCGUCUACCCUCCCAAUAUCUCCUACCCAGAAAAUGAAUGUGGUCGCUAUCUGACGUCCUUUUCCCUUGACGAGUCCUUUGCCGAGCAUCAGCUCCGGCUUCGGUUCGAAGGCGUUGAUUCAUCCUUUACUGUGUGGCUCAACGGUAGCCAAGUCGGCUACUCCCAAGGCUCCAGAAACCCCAGUGAGUUUGACGUGACUGACCUGGUUCAAGUCGGCCAGGAGAACCACCUGGCUGUCGAGGUAUACCAGAGAUGUGACGGGAGCUACAUUGAGGACCAAGACCAAUGGUGGCUAAGUGGCAUAUUUCGACAUGUACAUCUCCACGCGUUUCCCAAGGUACACCCCCUCGACAUUCACAUCAUUACCGACCUUGACGAAAAGUUUGAGAAUGCCACUCUGCGAGUCAAGGUCCAUGUCAGCUCUCCCUGCCCCGUGGAGUUGAAGCUCUUGGAUCCCCGGGGAAAGCAAGUUGCUUUGAAAACGGCCGACUUGGUCAAGUCGGACGAAGUCAAGAUUGACGUUUCCAACCCUCACAAGUGGACUGCUGAAACCCCCCAUCUCUAUUUCCUCGUGCUAAACUUCCUCGGCGACAGCCGCUGCAGCUUAGCGCAUCGAGUUGGGUUCAGGUCAACGGGCUUGAUCGACGGCGUGUACUGCGUCAAUGGAAGGCCCGUCAAGUUCAGGGGCGUCAAUCGGCACGAGCACCACCCGGACCAUGGCCGCGCGGUGCCCUACGAGUUCAUGCGGCGGGAUCUGCUCAUCAUGAAAGCCCACAACAUCAACGCGAUUCGCACAUGCCACCAGGUCAACGACCCUCGCCUGUACGACGUUGCGGACGAGCUUGGCCUCUGGGUUCUCGACGAAGCCGACCUUGAGUGCCACGGCUUCGCAGCGUCGGGCGGCGAUCCAGCCAAGUACACGUCAGACAAUCCGGUCUGGAGAGAGCAGUAUGUAGACCGGGCACGGCAGAUGGUGGCGCGCGACAAGAAUCACGCUUGCGUCAUCAUGUGGUCGCUUGGCAACGAGUCUUUCUACGGGGGCAACCACCAGGCCAUGUACGACACCAUCAAGGCCAUGGACGACACCCGCCUGGUUCAUUACGAAGGGGACGGGAAUGCCAAAACGGCAGACGUGUACAGCCGCAUGUAUCCGGACCUUGGCUUUCUGGAAUCCUUUGCCAAGGAGAGGGACUGGAAGAAACCGCUCGUGGUUUGCGAGUUUCUUCAUUCCAUGGGGAACUCGGAGGGCAACGCAAAGGAGUACAUCGACUUGUUCUACAAGCACCCUCGAUUGAUGGGAGGGUUUGUAUGGGAAUGGGCAAAUCACGGUCUGCGAGCAAAGACGGAAGCGGGCGAGGAGUUUAUGGCUUACGGUGGCGACUUUGGAGAUGAACCGAAUGAUUACAAUUUCGUCAUGGACGGACUCUUGUCAUCAGAGCACAACGUCAGCUCAAACAUCACCGAGUAUGCCAAAUCCAUUGAGCCGGUGCAGACCCUGUCACUACAUCACCACGACAUCAAAGUCGUAAACCGUUACGAUUUUCUGUCCUUGGAUCACCUGGCUGGGAGCUGGUCGGUUGUUUCGGAUGGAAAGAAGCUGACAGGUGGACGUGUCUCGAUUCCGAAAGGCAUUAAGCCGCAUACGGAAGCGGUUCUAGUCGCCGAGGGCUUCCACGACGGAAUGCUUAGAGAAAUCCAUGGCGAGGCAUACCUGCAGCUGAAAUUCCGAACCAAGCAUGAGACGAACUGGGCUCCUGCGAAUCACCAGGUAGCCACGGGUGAGCUGCGCGUGUCGGGGCCGCUGCACGUCAACUCUAUUCAGGCGGUCGAGCCGCCGAUGCCGAAACCGACCCUGCAAGUUGCGUCAGGUUCGCAGCUCCAAAUCACGUCGGCGUCUGGCCAGUCGACCUGGUCCAUAGACGCCGUCACCGGCACGCUGGUAAGCUGGAGACGGAAGAGCUAUGAUGCCAAUGUCGAGCUCAUCAGCGAGCCCAUAUGCAUGGACUUCUACCGCGCCCUGACGGACAAUGACCGUGGCGGUCACGGCAGAGAUUGGCUGGACAGGCGCCUUCACCAGACACGCAUGCACGCGCAGGAGGUUCGAUGGGACACGGUCAGGGACGGCGUCGCGGUGCGGAUUCGGCAGAGAAUCGCUCCUCCCGCUCUUUCGUGGGCCGUCGACACUGCCUGGACGUACCACUUCCGGGGCGAGUCGGUGGCCAUCAAUGUCAAGGGGAAACCGCAUGGGCCGGGACUGCCGUCGACGUUUGCGCGGAUAGGCGUCACCCUGGGCCUUUAUGGAGCGGACCGGGUCAGAUGGUGGGGCCGGGGCCCGGGCGAGUCUUACCGAGACAAGAAACACUCUCAGCUGCACGGGAACUGGGCGUCGACGGUUGACGAUCUCUGGGCUGAUUACGAGUUCCCGCAAGACGGCGGGAACAGGACCGACGUCCGUUGGGUCGAAGUGCUCGGCGCCAAGGGCCGGAUCUUGCGAGCCAACUUUGGGGACCUGAACGGAGCCAGCUUCUCGGCCAUGCGCUAUUCGACCAGAGACAUUGACGAGUGCACCCACCCCUACGAGCUGCACAAGCGGAGGAGGGGGGACGCGGUGGUCCGGCUCGACUGGGCACAUCAUGGACUGGGAACGGGGUCCUGUGGUCCCUGGACGUUGCCUCAGUACUCGCUCAGGAGCGACCAGGACUUUGACUAUGACAUUCUCCUGGAUUAG